AUGGAAGACGGAAUGAUGAUGGUUGGCUUUCGAUAUCCAUGGACUAUAGCUGUGAAUAGACUUCACUCUUCAUUUGAGAUCAAUACACAUCCCAAAAGCUUCGUGAAUGAAGUAAGGGAAUUGACUGGGAUUAAGCACCGGAACAUUGUGAACCACUACGGCUAUUGUUCGUAUGCACAACACUCGUUCUUGGUUUACGAGUAUGCGGAGAGGGGUAGUUUGUCUAGUAUUUUAAGCAAUGAAGUUGAGUCCAAGAAACUGGAUUGGCUUAAAAGGGUGAAUAGCAUCAAAGGUGUUGCGUUUGCUUUAUCUUUCAUGCACCAGGAUUGCUCACCACCUAUUGUUCAUCGGGACAUAUCAAGCGGUAAUGGUUUGCUUGAUUCUGAGUACGAAGCUCGUGUUUCAGAUUUUGGCAUAGCUAAGCUUCUCACGCCAGACUCAUCCAACUUCACCGCGCUUGCAGGCACAUAUGGCUACGUUGCACCUGAGCUUGCAUGUACAAUGAAGGUUACGCAAAUGUGUGAUGUCUAUAGCUUUGGAGUAUUAGCAUUGGAGAUAAUCAAAGGAAAGCAUCUUGAUGAGUACAUUACUGUGCUAGCAAAUUCAUCUACUAUGGAUCAUCAGGUGCAAAUUCAUCUAGAUUUUCCGUAUCCUGAAAUGCUAGCAAGCUCUUAUUUGGUUGAAACUCCAAAAUCAAGGCCAACAAUGGAAUUCAUCUCUCAUAAGUUAUCAUCAAUGGAUGCUUACGCCCACCCAUUAUUCCUGUAA